AAUCUUUCUGCAUAUAAAGUAUCAUAAAAAAAAAAUUAGCAGUUUCAUAGAGUAAUAAUGGUGUUUAAUCAAACUAGAAAGACUAGUUUAUAUAUAGUCAUAGUUUGUUCUGUUCUGCUUACUUUUAUAACUGCAGAAUCAACCAUAGAAGCUGAAGUUGCGGCGUUGAAGGCCUUCAAGAACUUUAUUACAGAUGACCCUUUUGGAGCACUUGCUAAUUGGACUGAAGCAAGUCAUCACUGCAACUGGUCUGGUGUUGUCUGUGAUCCUUCGUCAAAUCUUUUGAUUUCAUUAAUAGUGACGGAGAAGCAGCUACAAGGCCAGAUAUCGCCAUCUCUCGGGAAUCUCUCUGCUCUCCAGGUUCUUGAUUUAACUUCAAAUUUAUUCACUGGGAAAAUUCCACCUCAGCUGGGACAAUGCUCCCAGCUAACUGGUAUUUCUCUGUUUCAAAAUUCUCUUUCAGGUCCAAUUCCAUCAGAAUUAGGAAACCUUCAAAAUCUGCAGUAUUUAGACUUGAGUACCAAUACGUUUAAUGGAAGUAUUCCUGAAAGUAUUUGUAACUGCACCUCUUUGCAGUAUUUUGGAUUCGAUAUUAACAAUCUGACCGGUGACAUACCUAAAAACAUAGGAAACUUAGUUAACUUGCAACUAUUUGUGGCAAAUGAAAAUAACUUGGAAGGUUCAAUACCUGUUUCUGUUGGAGAGUUGCGAGCUCUGCGAAGUUUGCGUAUUACUGAAAACCGCUUGUCAGGAGUAAUACCUAGAGAGAUAGGGAACUUGUCCACCUUGGAAGUAAUCGAGUUGUUUAGCAAUUCCCUAGUCGGGCUAAUCCCUUCCGAACUAGGUAGCUGCAAGAGUCUUGUCAAUCUUGCACUAUAUGGAAAUCGGUUGACAGGGGCCAUUCCCUCUGAGCUUGGAAACUUAAUCCGCUUAGAAACUUUGCAUCUGUACGGUAAUCACUUAAACGGAACCAUUCCUCUCUCCAUAUUCCAGUUAACAUCAUUAACCAAUUUAGGUCUCUCGGAGAAUCAGCUAACUGGAAUAGUACCCACUGAGAUAGGAUCGUUGAAGUCAAUGCGUGUGUUGACCCUGCAUUCAAACAAAUUUACUGGGGAAAUUCCUUCAUCUAUAACAAAUCUGUCGAAUAUGACAUACUUGUCUAUGAGCAUCAAUCUCCUCACAGGGAAGAUUCCAUCAAACAUCGGAAUGCUUUACAAUUUACAGAGCCUUAACCUGGGCAAUAACCUUCUCGAGGGAUCCAUUCCUUCUAGCAUCACCAACUGUACCCAUCUUCUAAACAUAGACUUAGCUUUAAAUAGACUCACAGGGAAACUUCCACGGGGUUUAGGACAGUUGCACAAUUUAACAAAUUUAAUUAUUGAACAGAAUCAAAUAUCUGGUGAGAUACCUGAUGAUCUUUAUAAUUGCUCCAACCUUCAAAUUUUAUCUUUAAUAGAGAACAAUUUCAGUGGACUGCUGAAACCAGGCAUCAGCAGGCUUUACAAUCUACAAUUGUUGAGAGCUAGUUCUAAUUCAUUUGUAGGGCCAAUUCCACUAGAGAUUGGAAACUUAAGUAAACUGAUCACUUUAGCACUAGCCAGAAAUAAGCUUUCAGGAAUCAUUCCACCAACUUUAUCCAAGCUUUCUCUCCUCCAAGGGCUUGCUAUACAUGGCAAUGCUCUAGAAGGUGCAAUACCAGAGAAUAUUUUUGAACUGAAACAUUUAACUAUUCUCUAUCUCGGGACAAACAGGCUUACUGGUCAAAUUCCAGCAGGUAUCUCAAAGCUUGAAAUGCUUACCGACUUAGAUAUGCACAACAAUAUGCUUAACGGUUCCAUACCUACAAGUAUGGUGCGUCUUGACCGUCUAACCUCUCUAGAUCUCUCACACAACCAUCUCACAGGGUCGAUUCCUGGAUCUGUGGUAGCAAGCAUGAGAAAUUUGCAGUUUUAUUUCAACCUGUCGUACAAUCUAUUGGGAGGAAACGUUCCAGCUGAGCUAGGCAAGUUGGAAGCAGUGCAAGCCAUUGAUAUCUCAAACAACAAUCUUUCAGGAAUCAUUCCUGAAACACUUGGAGGCUGCAAAAAUUUGAUCUCACUCGACUUAUCCGGGAAUAACCUCUCUGGUGUAAUUCCAGUUAAAGCUUUUGAUCCCAUGAGCAUACUUUCCUUCUUGAACUUUUCCAAGAAUCAUUUAGAUGGUCAGAUCCCUGAAACCUUGGCACAAUUGAAGAAUUUAAUCACCUUAGACCUCUCGCAUAACCAGCUGAAGGGAAAGAUCCCUGAGAGCUUUGCCAAUCUUUCCACCUUGAAACAUCUUAAUAUGACUUUCAAUUUUCUUGAAGGUCGAAUUCCUGAGGCUGGAAUAUUCAAAAAUAUAAACGCUUCAGCUUUCACUGGAAAUCUUGGUCUCUGUGGAAGCAAAUCACUAAGGUCAUGUAGCAAGAAGAAUUCAAAUUCCAUAUCAAAGAAGACUGUGUGGAUUCUGGUAUCUCUUGCAGUGGUUUUUGCACUUCUCAUUCUGUUGGUAGCGAUAUCGAUGCUCCUCCAACGUGCCAAAAGGACUAAAGCAGAACAUACUAAAAACAGAGAACCAGAUUUCAGUUCGGCAUUGAAACUCAGAAGGUUUGAGCCAGUGGAAUUAGAAAAUGCAACUAGUUUCUUCAGUGCAGAUAACAUAAUAGGUGCUAGCAGUUUAAGCACAGUAUACAAGGGUCGAUUAGAAGAGGGACAGAUUGUAGUUGUAAAGAAACUGAAUUUGCAGCAAUUCCCUGCAGAAUCUGACAAGUCCUUCUACAGAGAAGCCAAAACACUGAGCCAGCUGAGACACAAGAAUCUGGUGAAGGUACUUGGCUAUGCCUGGGAAAGUUCAAAACUAAAGGCUUUAGUUCUGGAAUACAUGGAAAAUGGGAGCUUGGACAGCAUCAUUCAUGAUCCUCAAAUUGAUCGAUCAAGGUGGACAUUAAUGGAGAGGAUCGAUGUUUGUAUAUCAAUUGCAAGCGGCCUAGAUUACCUACAUUCUGGUUAUGGCAUACCCAUUGUACACUGUGACUUGAAACCCUCUAAUGUUCUGUUAGACAGUAACUGGGAUGCUCAUGUUAGCGACUUUGGAACAGCUCGCAUAUUGGGUGUUCAUCUCCAGGAUGGAAAUAGCCUUCCGUCAUCAUCAUCGUCGACUUUUCAAGGCACCAUAGGCUACUUGGCACCAGAGUUUGCAUACAUGAGGAAAGUCACAACUAAAGUAGACGUGUUCAGCUUCGGAAUAUUAGUUAUGGAGUUCUUAACAAAGCAGAGGCCAACAGGACUUACAGAGGAGAAUGGACUGUCAACCAGCCUAAGUCAACUGAUUGAAAAUGCUCUUCGCAAUGGCACCAACGGACUUGUUCAAGUUCUAGACCCUGUGAUCGCGAGGAAUGUCAUCAAAGAGGAACAAAAAUUGAUCGAGCUCUUCACGCUGGCCUUAUUCUGCACCAAUCCAAACCCCGACAAUCGACCCAACAUGAACGAGGUGCUGACUUCUCUUCAGAAGCUAAGAAGAACAAGAUAAAUUAGUGGUCAUAAUUGUUUUUGUUAAUUUGUAAGAGAUGUUAAAUAACAGCUUCAGUAGCUUAUAUGGACAUCAAAUUAAGGUAUAAAACAUCAACUAAUACAUAACAAAUUUGUGUUAUAAAAAGUGUUUGCAUAAAAGAAAAAGUUCAACUGUUAAAAUACCAUAAAGUUUAGUCUCUGGGUGGAUCAUACUUGAGAAAAUCCUCAACAGUUGAAGGGAACUCCAAGCCACCAUCAGAUUGAAAAGCAGCCUGACCCACAAGCAAAAAAGCUAACCUAAAUGGCUCAAUUUUAUUCUUAACAAAGUAGCUAAUCCACCCUUGUAAUCUCUCUACUUCUUUUUUACAUUUAGGUCCCUUCACCCCAACUAUUUUCUCAUAAAACCCCCCUUCACAAUCACACUCACAGCCCGUUUCUUUAUCUUCCUCGUCUGUUUGCUCAAUUUGUGACAGACCCAGAAGCUGCAUUAACCGUUGGAUGUCAUCAACGCUGUCAGUUUGUGGUGAUUGAUCGGUGAUGGUAGUGGGCUGUUGUAGUGAAGGGGAUGAUGAGAGAAAUUCUAGAGGCGGUUCGCUGUUUUCUUGAGGAUUUGUUGGUGAGAAAUUGUUGUGGGUGGCGAGAUAUAUGGGUGUGCUUAGAGAUUCUGUUGGUGUGCCGUUGGUAUCGAGGGUUUCGAGUUUUAAUCUUUUCUCCACCUGUUUAAGAGAUGAGAAGAAAUUUGAGUGCAGCGAUGAUGGUGAUGGUGACGGUGGCGGCGGUGAUCGGCGCAUAAUUUUUGUUUUCAGUCUCUGUCCGGCGCUGUGUAUUUACUUCUUUAUGCUGACAAAACGAUGAACUCAGCUUACUGGUUUCAGUUUAAACGACAAGUCGUUUUUAGCCACGUCAAUGUUAAGAAAAAAAGCGACACGCAGGACUUACUCUGAGGAGAUAACAUAGCACAUGGCACGUAAAAGAUGUAUAUGUGGCACAUGACUCGUCAUAAAUUGCUGCUUAUGUAUAGCUUUAAAUUUUAUACUAAUUUGUAAAAGAUGAAUUUUUAGCACAACAAAAUUUCACAGAACGCUUUUCAUUAACAUAGAAAGAAUUUACAUCAAAGCAAAAACGAAAAUACAGAAAAUAAACUCUUCAUUUCUCACUUUCCGGGGACGAAGUUGGUGGCAAAAGCCCAGGCGUUGUUGUUGACGGGGUCGGCAAGAUGGUCGGCCAAGUUCUCAAUGGGUCCCUUUCCGGUAACUAUGGCUUGUACGAAGAAUCCGAA